AAUCUUACUUAAAUUUUAUUGCACACUUUGUCUGUGCAGAAAGAGACAGAGAACAGAGAGGGGCCGUACAUAUUGGCUUCACUUUUCUAACCGUAUGCGGGGUCCAUGUAUACUACGUCUAUGGCACAGACUAGAGACCCUUCAAUCAGAGACUGGCCAUAAGAUUUUGUCAAAUUCCUGCAAGAAAGAGAAUAGUAUAGGCUAUCUCGCUCUUCCACGAAUAGUGUGUGUAUAUGUGUGGCUCUAUACAUGUAUGUGUAUAUAGUGUGGGUUAAGCGGUGCAACGACGUGCUGAAAUAAUAUUCCGCAAAAAUGGGUGGAUGUUGUGCAGAAUUUUGCAACAAUUCAUCAUCGAAAGGAUAUAUCAUGAAGAUAUUCCCUAGAAAUUCUGAACGUCGAGCGAUAUGGGCGAAAAAUGUUGACCGGAAAAAUUGGACGCCUACAAAUAAUUCAUUUCUUUGUGAGAUAUAUUUUGCAUCUGAUAUGUGGCAACAAAGAUUAGAUGGAAAAAAAAAAUUGGAAAAAGAUGCAAUUCCUACUAUAUUUGGUUUUUUUCUUAAAAAGACAAACGUGGUAAAUAACAAUGUUUCUAAUAACGUAUUGAUUAAGAACAAUGAACGUCAAGAUAUGGAAUGUGAAAUAAACAUGAAUACUUCAGAAUCUUCAAUGUUUGAAGAAAUUGACAUUAAUGAUGACGUACCACAUAAUAUUUCUAACAAUCAAUUAAUUAAUAAUAAAAGUCAAGAUGUGGCAUAUGAAAUAAUUAUGAAUACCUCAAACUCUUCAUUGGCAAAAUAUGAUGUAAAUAGUGAUGCGCCAGAUUGUGACGUGGCAGAUCAUGACGCUAAUGGUGACGUGCUAGAUAUUUCUAAUAAAUUGCUUCAUAAUAAAAAUGAAGAUAUACGAUGUGAAACAUCAACUUCUGAGUCUUUACAUAGUACGGAUAAAAAUGUAAGAAAAAAUAAGCAAUGUAAAAAAACAGAAAUUAUAAAUAAACAAUAUUUACAAAUUAUAAAUAUGAGAAGGAAAAUGAAAGGUCUGAGAAACAAAAUACAGACAUUACAAAUUAUUAUAAAAAACGAUAAGUACAAAAGAGCUGUAUUAUCAAUUUUUAAUGAAGAUCAAAUUCAGACUUUAAUGAAAAAAAAGCGAUGUCGAAAUUGGUCCCAUAAAACUAUUCAACGUGCUCUACAACUUAUAUUUGUUUGCGGAUCUAACGGCUAUAAUAAACUUAUUCAACAAGGAUACCCAUUUCCAAGUUUACGGACGCUAAUUAGAAGAUUUCAAAUUUGAGCCAGGAAUUUCGAACAAAAUGUUUGAAUUUUUGGUCACAUAAAAUGUCUUGAAAAAGAAGCUGAUUUAGAAUGUGGCUUGGUGUUUGACGAAAUGGCAAUCACACUCAAAAAUUUUUAUAACUCAUCAACAGGAUCAAUAGUGGGAAACAUCACGUUUCCCAACGAAAAAGAUAAUUACUAAAACAGAACAAAUGGGUUUUCAUGUUAACUUUCUCACCUCAGACAUGGGUCCUGGAAAUGUCGGACUGUGGAAACUAUUAGGUAUAAGUACAGAAAGGUUUAGUACAAUAAGUAAUUGUAUUA